UAUGGAGUUUCGAUAGUAACUGUGAGCGCGUCCUUGAUCUGUUCAGCGAUCAUCAUGUUCAACAAUCUCCUCACGCAGUUUGAAGAAGACCCGUUCUUCUCUGAUCCGUUCCAGGUGCAUCAUGAGCACAUGCAGCAGAUGAGGAGGUGUUUCUCUGACCCCUUCAGUCACGGCUUCAUGCCCAGCAUUACAGAUGGCAGACAGAGAGGUCACAGGGGUCAUGGGGGUCACAGGGGGGAGGGUCAGCCUAAAACGAGCACAACCCUUCGCAAUGACAGAGAGCUGGAUUUCUUCAGCAAUCCUUUCUCUAUGAUAGACAACAUGAGGAACAGAAUGAAGGAGAUGCACAGUAAUGUUGAGAACAUGGCGUCAGACUCCAACAGUCACUCCUUUUCCUCCUCUGCUGUCGUGACGUACUCGAAAGUUGGAAAUGAGCCGGCAAAAGUGUUCCAGGCGUCGUCACAAACCCGCUGUGCUCCUGGAGGAAUCAAGGAGAUGAGGAAAUCUCUGCAGGACUCUGAGAGUGGACUACAGAAGAUGUCCAUCGCUCAUCAUAUUCAGGACAGAGGACACGUGAUAGAGAGGAAAGAGAACAGAAAGACCGGAGAGAGAGAACUCAACCAGGACUUCCAGAACAUGGAUGAAACGGAGGCGCAGUCAUUUGAUGAGGAGUGGCAGAGGGAACUGUCCAGAUUCCAGGUUUCUGCUCCCAUUCUCCGUCUGGAGGCCCCGAGACAUCGAUCGGCCAUCAGCGCUCCACCGCAGACACACAGAGAUAUUAAAGCAGCAGCAGGAAAAGACACACAUUGUAACCAAGUCAACAUCGAAGGCUCCGGUGUAAAGAAACAAUAAAACACACGUGUGCAUUGCUGUAGUUUUUAUAGUGUGACUUCUCUUUCUCAGAUACAUCAUUUGAUUUCUUUUCUCUGGGAGACAUUUCAGUAUGAAUGUGUGUGGAAGCUCUCUUUUUCUCAGUUCUUUCUCUCUCAUUCUGUCUUUUCUUUUUUUCUACGCCUACAUUAGGAUGAAAUAAAGCGACAUGGAUGAUGACACUAGUCUAAUGCACUUACUGAUAUUGUCAAUGUGUUAUUAUACAGAAAUCAUCACUUAUGUGCUGUAAAGAUAACAGACUUUUCUAUAAAUGUUGCUUCACUCUUCACUGUCUUGCUUUUCAGGAGGUAAAUGAUAUGUAACUAGUAUGUAUGUUUGAUAUUAAUCAUAGUUAAUCAUAUUAAUGAGUUAACUUGGGCAAAUAAUAAACUCUUUACUGGUCUUUGAACUUGUCUCAAUAGUGUCGAUUCAGCAAGAAAAUCAAUUUAAAAUGACUUUGAUUAUGUGAACUGUGACAGACAGUAGAAGAAGAAAAAACAUGUCCAGGUCACUUUUCACCCCAACAUUUCAUGAGAUUCACCGCACUUGUAUUGAACCCGGAAUAUUCCUUUAAGAAGAAUGACAAUUUAUAUGAAAAUGAAUCAUCAGACAGAUGUCUUAAUCACAAGAGCCCUAGAUUUGAUUCUGUUUGUUCUGAUGUUUUUGGAUGUCAGGGUACCCAAAAUCAGGCAAUAAAAGAUUUUCCAGACUGACACUCUUGAAAAGU